GAGCAGCGAGCUCGUUUUACAGUUCGAUACAUACGUUUCCGGAAAAAUGGUCUCACGACUAGACAGAUUAUACGUGCGCGAAGAGUAUACGUUUGUUCGUUUUCUCUGUAUAAUUGUACGUAUUAUCUUCAGGUAAACAAAUCUGCGGUGUGAGUGACUCGGAAGUUUUCGACGAAACGGCUAUCCGAGACGAUGAUUCAGUUGCUCCGAAGGUUGUAGGACUCCGCGCGUACGUACGUACACAACGUGGAUCUACGGUGAACGCGAGACGCAACGCAGGUGUAGAGUGAGUUCGCAGUGUUCCUGAUUUCUGAUUUCAACUACUACAGCUGGAGGCAGUCGUUUUCACAGAGGCUUGUCAAGUGAGUGCGGUCUUAAGACGUUCGGACCAUCCCGACACUCGUCAAGGACUCACCACGAUUUCUUUGGCGGUUUGGGAGUUGUGGGCGGAGCGGUAAACCUUCGAAUAGUUCGGCUCAUGCACCGCGAUCCGGUACUCGGUCUUCGGCUAAGGGCCAGGGAUCCGACUCACAAGCGAAGAAUUGAUACACGUGCACCGGGAUGAGUCAGAAACCCUCAGGACCCGACGCUCGGAGUGUGGAGGGUAAGAGGGCCUAGAUUACUGUGCCCAGAUAAAGACUCGGCCCUCCAGGGCCGCGCCUACUCCACGGAGUCCUUAAAAAGAAAAUCAUCUCGUCGACUCGGGAGAGCGAGAAAGUUCGUUCGGCGACCUUCGGACAGCUGACGAGCUACAAUGGGGAAAUUGAGGCAACCAAUACCCCUGCUAAAGAUGUCUAUCGAUGUUCUGCUUGUGUUGCUAUUGGAACAUUGCGAAUGUAUCGCCGCUGCCGAUGGUUCCGCGAAGGACGUUUCUCGAUACAUCGUUAUAUUCCGAGACAAGAUAUGCAGAUACAUGCCGUGGUAUUUAUUGGCGGACUUCUGCCGCACGUUUCUGGACAAAUUUCAUUCGAUUCCCCGGCUAUCGGACCACCGCGAAGCUGCCUUGGAAAUCGUGAUGGACAUCGAGAUCCGCGGGCUGCGAUUCGAAGGCCCGAUGACCGCUUAUCUUGACCCUCGCGACGCUCGUCGGAUGAGGGAGCUAACCGCACUUGAUAUGGUGGGCUCUUGGACGUCGAAAUACGACAUGACCGAUAUCCUUCAACUUCUUCACUUGACGGAACUCACCUCCUUCAAACAAUGGGAUUGCACCGAUAGAGCGCUAGAGAUAAUAGGGCGGGAAUGUCCGAAGCUAGAAAUUUUAUGCCUUCCCGGAUCGAAUCGAGUAACCGACAUAGGUCUGCGAAAUCUGACCAGGUGCUCCAGUCUACGUUACGUCGACGUAUCGGAAUCUAUGGUUACCCGCCAAGGUGUCAACCAUUUGCUAUCGACGAAUAGCAAAAUAGACACGUUGUUGUGCUCUGAAGUUCGCUUCGAGUACAGAAGCAGCAUCCUGUCUUUCUUGGACCCAUUCGUUUACCCCUCCAUGAAGUCUCUCGUUAUCAGGUCGUCGGAACCAUUUACUUCGGCACAUUUGAAUCGCAUCGUCGCAAAGUUUCCCAAUUUAACUUCGAUUCGAAUCUAUUCGGUAAUUACCGGAGACCUGAACGCACUCGAGUCUCUAGGCAAACUCAAGGUAAUUGAGUUGGAUUAUGGGUAUUACGACGAACCCCUGUCAUCUCGCCUCGUCUCAGCCGUUACGUGGAAUAAUAUGGAGCAAUUAUUGAGGUUGAUCGGCACGAAUAUCACCACAUUGAAAUUGGGAAUGUACGAAAGAAGUUUUUACUUUCGUCAACUUCAUCUGAAUUUUAUGUUCAAUUGUUGUCCGAAUAUCGAGUAUUUGGAAUUCUUGCUAGCCGGUACCGGUCGGUGGUUUGUGCCGUCAUUUCAGAAAUUGAAAGAGUUGAAAUGCCAUCAACCUGACGUCGACACUACGGAUGAAGAUGCUCUCGCGGUUGUGGAAUUUGACGAGAUGCCGGCACUCGAAACUCUUUGGUUGACCGGUGUGCAAGAUCUGAAUCUGAAUCACCUGGUAUUCGACCAUAAGAAAUUUCCAAACUUGACCGUUCUCGAAAUUAUGAUACCGAAUAACCUUCACGUGCUCGCUGAAAUUAGGGAGAUGAUAAAAAUCAACAAUCUGGAUUUUGAGAUCAGAGACUACCGGGAUCACUGGUACGAGUAAUGACCGAUGAGAAUUUUUCUAUUUACUUCAAUGUACCUUUCUCCAACUGACAUUAAACUUAAGUUAAAAAUAACUUGUAAACUAAAAGUUGUUGCGGAAUUAAUUUAAGGACGCUUUUCGUAUGUAUAUUUUUGCGCAAAGAACACGAAUACGUCGAUGAAA